AGACCUAUCUUUUAUUCCCAAUUGCAAUUUCAUCCCAAAAAACCCUCGCACCUUAACUUUUCCCUCCACCGUCCUCUACCUUCCUCUCCACCCGCAGUUCUCUGUCGUUGAUUCGCGGCCUUCUUGAGUUCUCCACUGGUGUUUUUUCGACUUUCUCCAAUUCUCCAUUUUGAACUUCUAGAUAAAAAUCAGUUAUCUCUAGUUUUUUCUUCAAUGGGAAGAUGAAUGAGCUAAGGUGUUGAAGAGUUCGAUCUCUAGCAACUUUUUACCACACCGGUCAACAACUUGCAAACAUCAGUACUUGUUUGUGAAAUUCAGAAACCAAUGUGGAACAAAGAUACUAUGAAGGCGCGACUUGAUUUGAUUAAGAUGAAUGUUAGGGACGAAUUGCACCCUAUAUUGGAUGGAGAUAAAGUCCAUGUGCCUGUUGCGUGUUACACUUUAAGUUCAACUGCUAAGGCUGCCAUAUGUGAUAUGUUUUCUAAAUUGAAAUCCCCGGAUGGAUAUUUAUCAAACAUUUCUCGUUGUGUCAAAGAUAACGGGAAGAAGAUUUCAUGUAUGAAGAGCCAUGAUCAUCAUGUGUUUCUUGAGCAGUUGUUGCCACUUGCAGUUCGCGGUUUCUUGCCAAAACAUGUAUACCAGCCCCUAGUGGAAUUAAGUUCUUAUUUUAAGAACUUGUGCUCCAAAAGCAUUACUGUUGAGCAGCUAGAAAAUCUUGAAAAAAAAUCCCCUAUACGUUAUGCAAGCUGGAAAUGAUAUUUCCACCUGCUUUUUUCGAUGUCAUGGUGCAUUUGGUUAUACAUUUGGCAACAGAGGCCAAGAUUGCCGGGCCAGUUUGUUAUCGGUGGAUGUAUCCCGUAGAGAGGUAUCUACGAACAUUAAAAGCAUAUAUCCGUAAUAGAGCACAUCCCGAAGGUUCAAUUGCUGAAGGUUAUCUUGCAGAUGAGUGCUUAACAUUCUGCUCAAGAUACAUGAGUGACAUUGAUACUAAGUUCAAUCGCAAAGGAAGAAAUGAUGACGAGGAGGGGGAGGAUCAUGGUUUUUCGGAUUCAAAUCUUGAAAUUUUUAGACCACUUGGUCGUCCUAUUGGACAGGGUGCACCUGUACAUCUUAGUUUCGAGGAGUGUGAUCAAAUCCAUUCUUAUAUUCUCAAUAAUUGCGAUGAACUUGUUCAGUUUGCUAAAGAGCAUAAAUUGGAGUUAGAAAAAGAGUGUCCGAGAAAUAUAGAAAAAAGGCAUAAAGCAUUGUUUCCUAAAUGGGUACUUGAGCAUGUACGGGAACAACAUGAAAAGGGUUGCGUUGAUGAUGAUUUAUACAACUUGGUUUGUGGUCCUUCUAGAGUUGCAAGGCGUUAUGCUGGUUACAUUGUAAAUGGUUUUCGUUUUCACACCAAUGAUCGUUCUGAAAAUAGGAAAACACAAAAUUGUGGCAUUAUGGUUCGAGGUGACGACUCUUCUGACAAGGAAUAUUAUGGUGUUUUGGGAGAUAUAUUUGAAAUUCACUAUCCUGGAAGAAAUAGUGCAUAUGUUUUUAAAUGUAAUUGGUAUGAUGUAGGACAUCAUGGCAGGGGGUAUAAGGUAGAUGAAUAUGGAAUUACAAGUGUGAAUAAGAUGCGAUCUUUAAAGACCGAAGAAGUGUUUGUUCUAGAAUCACAAGUAGAGCAAGUGUUUUUUUGUAGACGAUCCAAGAGAAAAAGAUUGGCAAUUUGUUAUUAAGGCACAACCAAGAGAUCUAUAUGAUAUGCCGGAUGGUGCUGAUAAGGAACUUGCAGAUGUGGAUGUUGUGGAUGUGGAUAUGGAUGCAUAUCAACAGAUAGAGGUGGAGGACGAGCAUAAUAUAAAUUCUAAUCUAGAUGAUUUAUCAGUUGAUUCUUUAGCUACAGACAAGUUUGUGGUUGAGCGAGAAUCUAAGGUUGUUGAAAUGGUUAAGAAGUGGAUUGAAGAGCAUAAGACAGAUUUAGACUUCAUUGAUGAUGGUGAGAUCGAAGAGUUUGAGGAUUCUUGUGAAGAAGAAGAAGAGUUUGAUUCUGAAACAUGAAUGAUGAUUGUUUUUUUAUAUAUUCAUAAUGUGUUAUAUGUUGUUGUAAUCUCCUUUUAUGAAUAUUUAUAUUUCAAUUUAUAUGUUUAAUCAAAUAUCAUUACGUGGUGUCA